UACAAGAUUUUUUCAUACCCAUAAACUCCACUAUUUUGAUGGUAAUUACAAAAUUAUCUGUUACGAUUUAAACAAUAUAAAUUCAAAGUGUAUGGUACUUCCAAAUACCAGUAGGUGCGCUGUAGUGUAUGUACAAAUGCAAUUUACAAUGAGCGUAAAAGAAAAGGGAAUAAAAUCAUUCAUUUUUAACGAAUAUAUGCAAAUAAGUAUUUUCUACAUGAGAUGUAAUUUGAUUUAUAAAUGCCCAACAAAUGAAGGUUAAUAACAAUUUACCGAUUCUAGUAUUAGCCGUGUUAACACACGAUAACAAUAGUUAGAUAUAUAAAGAGCGAGAAAGAUAAAAAGGAAGUCAUCUUUCUCAUACUCGUGCUAUUUUAUCAAUGUAAAUCUGCCUUUACUACGAAUAUAACCUAAAAUUAACUUUAAAACCAAUCAAAACUAACAUACUGAGAAUGAAUGAAAAUUGCGCGUUGCAUGAUUUUCACGUGGAAAAGAUAAUAAAGUAAAUUGAAUUUAAAUAUCCUUUUGAAAUUAUGCACCGUCUGAUUAGAAUUAAAAAUAUUUUAUAAUGGCAGAGGUUAUUUUAAGUUCUGGCGAAAAGACUUUUAUUCUUCAUGGAGUAGAUGCAGACUUCAGAAAUGAUGGAAGACAGAGAUGUGAAUAUCGAUCAAUAGAAAUUGAAACAAAAUUAAUGCCACAAACUCAUGGAUCUUCAAGAUUACGUAUAGGAAAUACAGAUGUACUUGUGGGUAUCAAAGUUGAACUUGAUUCACCUCAUGCUGAUAAACCUAAUGAAGGAAAGUUAGAGUUUUUUGUUGAUUGUUCUGCCACUGCAACUCCUGCAUUUGAAGGAAAAGGUGGAGAUGAUUUAGCAACUGAAAUAAGUAAUAUUUUAACAAUUGCUUAUCAAACACGUAAUGCUUUCGAUUUAAGAACAUUAUGUAUUUUACCAAGCAAAAAAUGUUGGAAAAUAUUUGUUGAUGUUUUGAUUCUUCAGUGUGGAGGUAACCUUUUUGAUACAGUGGGUGCUGCAGUUAAGGCUGCAUUAUAUAGUACAGAAAUACCAAAAAUCACAGCUGCAACUCUUGAUGGUGGAGAACCAGAUAUCCAAUUAUCAGAUGACUUAUAUGACUGUAUUCAAUUAGAUACAAGUAAUUAUCCAGUCAUUGUAACAUUGUGCAAAAUUGGUGAUAAUUAUAUCGUGGAUCCAACUUCAGAAGAAGAAGUAUGCAGUGCAAGCAGUAUAGUUAUGUCAGUAUUACCAAAUGGUAGAAUAUCAUCUGUGAUUAAGCUGGGUUAUGGAAGCAUUCAACCUAACACUUUCAAGAAAAUGUUAAAGACUGGACAAAACGUAGGAUUGCAGUUAAAUGAAGACCUUAUGAAAGCUCUAAAAGAGGAAGAUCAACUUGGACGACAAAGGCAAAUAUUUGGAUUCCUUAAAUAAAUAAAUAAAUAACUACGUAUAUAAUUCA